AACGCGCUUACCCCUUCUAGCCACGCAGACACGCCUCGAAAUCAACAAAUCCUAGGACGGGCAAGCCUCCCCUGUCUGCCAAAUUUCCCCCACCUAUUUUCUUCCCCCCAUCGCCAAACCAAACUGCACGUCCUUGUCUUCGCUCUCAUAUUCCCGCUCCCGAGUCUCCGUUCGUAAAAGCCUUGUCUGGCCUGUCUUGCCGCCUGCGUCUUUGCUGUGCUGCUCGUGAACUCCCUUCCUCUCAAACCUCCCAUCACUUAAUCCCCAAUCACAUCUUCCCGCCCGCAACCAUGCGUGAGGUCAUUAGCAUCAACGUCGGCCAGGCCGGUUGCCAGAUCGCCAACUCCUGCUGGGAGCUGUACUGCCUCGAGCACGGUAUCCAGCCCGAUGGCUACCUCACCGAGGAGCGCAAGCAGCAGGACCCCGAUCAGGGCUUCAGCACUUUCUUCUCCGAGACUGGUCAGGGCAAGUACGUCCCCCGUACCAUCUACUGCGAUCUCGAGCCCAACGUUAUCGAUGAGGUCCGAACUGGUGCUUACCGAAACCUCUUCCACCCCGAGAUGAUGAUCUCUGGCAAGGAGGAUGCUUCCAACAACUACGCUCGUGGUCACUACACCAUCGGCAAGGAGCUCAUCGAUGGCGUCCUCGACAAGAUUCGCCGUGUUGCCGACAACUGUGUUGGUCUCCAGGGUUUCCUCGUCUUCCACUCCUUCGGUGGUGGUACCGGCUCUGGUUUCGGUGCUCUCCUGAUGGAGCGUCUGUCUGUCGACUACGGCAAGAAGAGCAAGCUGGAGUUCUGUGUCUACCCUGCUCCCCAGACUGCCACCGCCGUUGUUGAGCCCUACAACUCCAUCCUCACCACCCACACCACCCUCGAGCACUCCGACUGCUCCUUCAUGGUCGACAACGAGGCCAUCUACGACAUCUGCCGUCGCAACCUCGGCCUCGAGCGCCCCAACUACGAGAACCUGAACCGUCUGAUCGCCCAGGUCGUCUCUUCCAUCACCGCCUCUCUCCGCUUCGAUGGCUCCCUCAACGUCGACCUGAACGAGUUCCAGACCAACCUGGUUCCCUACCCCCGAAUCCACUUCCCUCUGGUCGCCUACGCCCCCGUCAUCUCGGCUGCCAAGGCUGCUCACGAGGCCAACUCCGUCCAGGAGAUGACCAUGUCUUGCUUCGAGCCCCACAACCAGAUGGUUAAGUGUGAUCCCCGCCAGGGCAAGUACAUGGCCACCUGCCUCCUGUACCGUGGUGAUGUCGUCCCCAACGACGCCCACGCUGCCGUCGCUACCCUCAAGACCAAGCGCACCAUCCAGUUCGUCGACUGGUGCCCCACUGGUUUCAAGCUCGGUAUCUGCUACCAGGCUCCCGAGAACGUUCCCAACGGUGAUUUGGCCAAGGUCAACCGCGCUGUCUGCAUGCUCUCCAACACUACCGCCAUUGCCGAGGCCUGGUCUUCCCUGUCUGCCAAGUUCGAUCUCAUGCACUCCAAGCGUGCCUUCGUCCACUGGUAUGUCGGUGAGGGUAUGGAGGAGGGUGAGUUCUCGGAGGCUCGUGAGGAUCUCGCUGCUCUUGAGCGCGAUUACGAGGAGGUUGCUACCGACUCCAUGGGCGAGGAGGAGCUUGAGGCCGAGUACUAGGCGAUUUGAGGAUGGAAAGACUGGAUUACCGUUCUGCUACCGGUUUUAGCCUACUCUCACCUACAGAGAAGGUGUAUUUUCUUUUUUAAAGGUCCCCAGCCAAAACGAGUUUUAAUGUCAAAAGAGACCCAAUCUGUAGAUGGCAACACCGUCUCUGUCUAGGUACAUACUUGUUUACAGUGACGUAUCUAAUAUUUUAGUUGAGUGAGCUUUGCUCGUGCGUAAUUUAUACAUAAUGUAACAGUACAGGCCACAAGGAUUAAAUGUGCGGUUCUUGGCGGGAUCCCUUGUCCUCCUUCCCCUUCGCUGUGGUAGUUGGCACAAUCGUCAACUCGGCCGGAACAAUAGUUGGAGGUACUUUAUAGACAGUAGUGGCGGUAGUAAUACAUAUUUCUUUACUCCGUAGAUAUUUUGCUUACAACCAGGCACCCAGACGAUGUCAC